AUGUCAAAGGCCUUUGAUAAAGUGAGCCACGCAAAGCUGUUACAUCGCCUUCGUGAAUUCGGGUUUGGAGGAAGCAUUCUCAAAUGGUUCGGUUCAUAUCUGACCAACCGAUAUCAACAAACGACCGUUCUUGGAGCAACGUCGAGGCCGCUUCCAGUAACAUCAGGAGUGCCGCAGGGGUCCAUCCUCGGUCCAUUAUUGUUCCUUCUAUAUGAGAAUCAUCUCUCCAAUUCCGUGACCAAUUCAAGGAUUGCUAUAUUCGCGGACGAUACCAAGAUCUUCAAGACCAUCAAUUUGAUCUCUGAUGCGUCUGCUCUACAGAAUGAUCUGUCAAACUUCCAAGAAAGCUCAAGCACUAUUAACCUCGAAUUAAAUAACACCAAAUGCAAAGUCUUAAGA